CUCCUGGUUCUCCGUUGCCCCCCUGCGCUGGCAAAGAAACCCGCCCGCAGGCCAUGAUUUAAUCCGGUACCUAUUUAUAGGUAGGUGCGAGGCCGGACGUCAUGAGAGCCCGAGGCGGCCCCAUGCCGCAAGACUGCAUAUAAACUGGGGAGGGGGGCACAAAAUAACACAAACCCUGGAUCGAACCAUCUUACGACCUACCGUCAUGCAGCCGCCCGCCCCAGCCCACACCAAGACGACCAGUGCCCAGCCGCAGGCUGCAAUGCAGAUGUCUGUCAUGAAUCCUGCUCCAGCUGCAAGCAAGCAGCAGGCGCAUGAACACCACCGCAAGUCGAUGCGCCUGCGUGGAGGCGGCGCCGGCAAGGACUGCUUCCUCGGCGCGAUCGCGUGCUGCCUUUGCAUCGACGGCUGCGAAGAUUGCUGCGAGUGCAUCGCCGACAUCGUCUGCUGCCCGUGCGAGAUGUGCUGCUGAACACAACAAGACAUGGAGACGGUCUCGCCGACCAAAGUACGGGUCUCCGAUGGACCGCGCUGAUCGUACGACUAUUGAACCUGCACCGGACUUGUACGCUGUGGCGAUAAUAUAUCAUGUUCGAACUCACUGCAUCGCGCACGGCGCGGAGCAUCAACCGAGCGUGUUCGUCCGCAGGACCAGUCUCUGCGGCCUCCGACUUGUCGUGUUCGCUUACUCUCUUGAACUUCACCCUUUCUCACUGGACGCCCUGUCUCCAGGAUACACCGCCCCAGACCAGCAUCGCUCGCGCGGGAACUGCCCACCCGUAUUCGGUCAUCUAUUUUUAGCCUUGCGCUCCGGCCUCACCUCCGUAUAAAAUCCCUUAUCCUCCGCCGCAGUUCCGACCUCAUACCCAUAUUCUCCCUCCGAC